CAUCAGUCUGCACUCGGCUCUCCUCCACCCGACAUCCACGGAGCAGAUCGGAGACUGGCACCGCCAACAGAGGAACGAGCCCUUUGUGCUUCACCGCCUGACGCGCGUCCUUCUGACAAAAAUCAUCACCACCACCACCACCAUCAUCAAGCUUCCAGGCAGGGCAGAACGUUGUGUGAAGCACAAUGGGACCGUUCCAAGAAUAUGAGGAAAAGAAAUCACCGGAGAAAGGAAGCCCCCGCAGCCGCAUCCCGCGUUUGGUCCUCCAUCCGUUCCGGCCGAAGGACAAGGGAUCGCCUCUGUCUGAUUCCCCCUUUUCAGAGGAGGAGGGCAAGGAGUGUGACAUGAGCUCGGACCACUCCAAGAGAACCAUCAGCACCAACAGCUUUUGCUCUGAUGACACCGGCUGCCCCACUAGUCAGUCUGUGUCCCCCUCCAAAACCCCGUCAGGCUCGGAGCAGAGCGCCCACGGAUCGCCCGUCGUCCCCGAGCGCAAGGCCAAAGUGAAGCGGGUGAGGGUGAUGGCCGAGUGGAGCGGCGAGACACGAAGCGCGCCGAGGCACAAGAGGGAGCUGAGGUCGGCCUUGAAAGCCAGAGGUAGCGAGGCAGACUUCAGCUCCUCCAGCAGCACAGGCAGCCUAAAGACCAGGGAGAGCCACGCUUCCCAUUCGGCUGGAAAGAAGGGUCCUUCACGCAGUCGCGGCACUCACAUCCGAUCACUGCCAGUGUUCAAACCAGCCGGGAGCCCGACAGCCAACCGUGAUGCAGAGCUCUACGCUCCCUGCCGGACUCCUCCCAGAGUCGCGUCUUCAACCAACAGCAGCAGCUGCCACUCCAGUCCCACCUCCAGAAGAGCGAGUCUGGGCCGCUACCACUCCUGCGGAGACAACCAUGGCAUCAGGCCUCCGAAUCCCGAGCAGUACCUCACCCCUCUGCAGCAGAAGGAAGUGGCCAUUAGACACCUGAAGACCAAACUGAUGGAGUCUGAGAACAGAGUUUGUGAAAGAGAGACGGAGAUUGAAGAGCUUAAGGGUCAGCUUAGCAGAAUGAGGGAAGACUGGAUUGAAGAGGAGUGUCAUCGGGUGGAGGCUCAGUUGUCCCUCAAAGAGGCUCGUAAAGAGAUCAAACAGCUACGUCAGGUGGUGGAAACCAUGAAAAGCAGCCUGAUGGAGAAGGAUAAAGGGAUACAGAAGUACUUCAUCGACAUAAACAUUCAAAACAGGAAGCUGGAGUCCCUGUUGCAAAGCAUGGAGCUCGCCCAAAGUGGUGCCAACCUCCAGGAGGAAAACACCUUGGACUUUAUCUGCGACAGCCCUGACAGCCAUGGAAAAAAGAUGGUGGGGGAGGAAGAGGGUGGGAUGGAGCUGGGAGACCAAGGAGCGGAGGCAAUGGCUGACAGCGGGCUGCUAGCAAACGAUGAGAUGGCCAACAGUGCGGACAUUUUGGAGCAGGUGUUCAUGUCCACUGCCGUGGAUUUCAGUCAGGACUCAAAUGGCAAGCUGAGGGCUGGUGCAGAAUCUGGGCUUGGGGUGUCUGCACUGUCAGAGGGACAGCUAAUUGAUCAGUCUACUGCACUCCCACCAUCUUCACCAAUCACCGUUCCCACCACCAUCACGAUCUCACGCACGCCUUCCCAGCAGAGCACAGAAGAUAAAGAGAUCCAGACCGACAUAAGUCCAUUGACUCCGGAUCUCCAGGCUGUGUUACUUCAGCUGUUAAAGUUCCAUGGCGCUACAUCAGGGGAUGCUUCUCUGUCAGCCCCAAGCAAUCUUCUGGUAUCCCCAAACAUAUCCACAUGCACGACUACUAGUCAGCCUACCACCUCACUUUCAGAUCCCAGCAUGCUUCCAGAGAACCCGGACAACUCCGAUUCUGGCACAUACUGCUCUGAGCCUGUGGAGAGUCGAAGGUUUAUGAAGGAGCUGGACUUUGACGUUGGUGAGGAGGAACGUUGCCUGUCCCCGGGACUGGAUGUGGUCGGCAAGCGUUAUUGGAGCAACAGCUUCCUGGUGGAUUUGGUGGCAGUAGCAGCCCCAGUGUUACCCACGGUGGCCUGGCUCUACUCGCGCCACGGUGUGGAUGGAAGCUCUCCGGUGUACAAUAUCGCUGCUCUAAUCAGGGGUUGCUGCAUCAUGGGAUUGCACUCUCUUCGUCAUGUCGCUCACGCACCUGAUGCGUAAUGGCUUCCGCAUGCAAACACCCAACUCUAAACUAAAAGCACUUAAGCAUAUUUGUGAGAUCUGUUCUUGUUUGACACUUGAUAUCAAUGCAGUUACUUUGGUUCCAACACUGUUGUUUUGCACUGUACAGUUACCAUGAGUUGAAGCUAAUCAAAUGGUGACAUGUAAGGGAUUAUGUGUAACAUGGUUUAUUUAUUUUAUUUAUCAUUUACGUGUAUAAGCAGAUCAUCUGGGUAGAUGGUUAUGUGUUAUCAUUGUCUUUUGGUGUCCCUAAUUUUUGUGUUUAAAAGAUAAAAAAAAAAGUUCUUUAUGUUGGGAUGAGAGAUUGUUCAGAGAUGGAGGACUGAAUGCUAUGUUUCUGUUUGAUGGGUUCUGAAAUAGUUCAAAAAUGAAUCUUAAACCUUCAGCCAAAGCUUUAAUGUGAGUUCACUGUUUUGUGGAGUGUGUGUAUACAUAUAUUUUCCUCCCUGGGAUUAGAGCUUUACUUGGUACAGCCUGUGUAUUGUUCAUAGAUGUAAAUUAAUGCUUCAAAGCAACCAACACUUGUUAUGUGCCUGAGCAAUGUGCAAUACUGGCGGUUUACAUCAAAUGUCCUUGUAUCUUUAUUAUUAAAGCAUGAUAAUUCUGA